GCGGGUGAUUAGUUGGGUGAUUAGUUGGCCGCGGGUGAUAAGUUGGCCGCGGGUGAUUAGUUAAUUUUGCGGAUGUGGAUGCGGGUCAUUUUGCAGGUAUGCAUGUGACAUGAAAUAGACAAUCAAAGUCUAUCUAUCUAUCGAUCGAUCUAGAUAGAUAGAUAGAUAGUCGAAGCAGAAUGGGCCAGGCGUAGGGCUACACGUAGGGAUACACGAUAUAGAAUAUGGCUAGCGACAACUUCAGAGAAAAUUUACAGCCGUAUUGUAUAGCUGUUGAAGGGUUUCCGGCGGACACAAAUGAAAGCCAAGUGAGACUGGUGUUUACAAAUUGCCUGAAAGCAGAAAGUAUAGCCGCGGGUGCCCAAAUCCAACGAACAAAAUGGCUGAUGUUAUUUCAUGAUGGAGCUGAAGUUGGUGCAUUGCUGAAAAGUGGUAGAAUUCCACUACCAAAUGGCGUACUUGAGAUCAGUCCUUGUGUUCCCUGUGACAUUCCAACGUCAUGGGAAAAGGUAGACCUACAGGAGAAAGAGGAAGAAGAAGAGAAGACUGAACAGCUAGGGAUGAUCAAGGUUACAGAGAUAUCGCCCAAGACCACAGAGGACACUCUGACCGACUUUUUUGAGAACAGAAAAAGGACCGGAGGAGGGGAAAUCGAUGAAAUGGACUUCAGGAAAGAGUCUGCUACAGCUAUUAUAACAUUCAAAGACCCUGCAGAGGUUGAACGUGUCCUACAGAAGCUACCAUUACUGUUAGAGAAAAAGCAGAUCAAAGUGGAGCGAUUUGUCCCAGAGAGCUACAAUUCUGGAGCUAUGGGUAAAGACAGCAGUGAGGAAGAAACCAGUGAUAAAGAAAAGACUAAACCGUCCUGUACGAUAGAAGUGCGGGGCGUGAAGGAGACCACCAGCAUAGACACAAUUGAACUUUAUUUUGAAAGCAAGAAGGCGGCAGGAAAACCUUUAGAAAUUGUGAAGCUCGAUCAUUCAGAAAGGGAGGAGGGUGUCAUCUACAUUACAUAUGAAACUGAAGACGUGGUGAGAGCUGUUGUGGAAAGAGAACACAAACUGGAGGGGGUCAAAUUGGAAGUGAAACAGUACAUCCCACCGCCACCACCAAAACCACGCCCCCUGUAUCCUGAUAAGGUGCUCAUAAAGGGAAAGAAUCCAGACACAACACAAGAUGGACUAGAAAAUUUCCUGGAGGCAAAGGCUAAUGUGACGCCAACAAAUUAUUUACUUGGAGAAGAGGAGGACACUGUACUUGUGACAUUUGAGGAACCACCAGAUUUUGAAAAACUGGAACUUGCGUGUAAGAAGAAAGCAUUGGAUAAGCAUUUCCUGAAGGUGUCCCGAGUGCCGAUAUCUAAUUGUAUCCUUGUAAAAGGGGCUGGAGAUAAAACAAGCCUGAGUACACUUGAGUUUUACUUUGAAAACACCCGUAGGAGUGGAGGGGGUGACGUGACGGAGGUUAAGGACCAGGAAGAUGGAUCCUACCUUGUCUACUUUGAAGAUCACACAGUGAUUGACGGUGUCUGUGGGCGCUCCCAUACUGUGGAUAACCAUACCCUUGAUGUGAAACUUUACCAUGAGCUGAUAGGAGACUCUGGAGAAGAUGGACCAAAAUUUAAGGUUCCAGAUGUCUUGGUUAUCACUGAUCUAGAUCCAAGGAAGAUCCAAUUUGUUCAGUAUUCUCAACCAAACAAAGAUGGUAUAGAAAAACAGUUAACUGCACAACAUACAAAAAUUAUUUGGCCAGAGAAGCUUGCCGAUCCAGUUAAACUUGUAUGUCUGUUGACCAAAGAUGUAAAAGAUUGUCGGAAUUUGGCCAAAGCAUGGACCCAGACAGCACGGAAAAGUCUGGACAUGUUUCUGGAUGUCCUACUUGUCUUCAAACAUCAGAUUCUACAGGACGCUUGGGAUGGUGUAAUAGCACAGCUUCAGGAUAUGGACAUAUUUCACCCUGAUGGUGUUACAGCAGCCGUGGAAAAAGUCAGUUUUGAAAUUUUCGUCAUGGGGCACAAGAAGUUUGCAACAGAAGUUUCUCAAAGUUUGGAAAAAAUCAUUGGAAAAAUUGCUGAUGAGUUACAUAGAAAGAAGAAACAAGUUAAAGAAACAACUUCACCAAUGAAACAUCACCAAGUUGUCAUGUUGAGCCUUACACAUUUCACAGAUACAAUGGAGAAGAAAUAUCCCGGGAUGAAAGUCACGUUAGAUUUUAAGGCCAGAACAGUAACAUAUGAAGGGAUGUAUGGAGAGGUGACCAGUGCAAAGUUGGAAAUGUAUGAAAAGGUCAAUGCUAUGGUGGCCAGUGAUGUAGGUGAUUUCAACAAGGGCAGGUAUGCUUACCUCCAAGACAAGGCGGUGAAACAGUAUGUUGCACGAAAGAUGAAAGAGGACAAAAUCAUGUCUGUUUGGGAAAUGCAGGACAAUCGUUUUGUAGUGUAUGCUAUGACGGAUGAUGCUGCAGUUCGUGCGGCACACAUUCUGAGAGAUUCGGUUCUAGAGACCAUUGUUGAUGUGAAGAAAGAAUCCUCUUCUCUCCUGUCAUCAUACCGUUGGGCCAUCGAGGAGCGGUCCAUCAAAGAUUCAUGCAAUGUAAUGGUACAAAUGAAAGUUCAGAUGAACAAACCUUGUAUUGUGAUUUACUCCACUGAUAGAGAUGCUGGGAUGGUGAAAAAAAGAUUGACUGAUUUCUUAAGGUAGACGAAAAACAACGAACACAAAAUGGAACCAUACAGACUGAGUUAAAAUAGGAGUCGUCUCACUUUGUUUUCUUAAAUGUAAAGGGACCUGUAGGAAUCUUAUUACGAACAGUAAAUACGACAUGCAGGUGUGUGUUUUUCUCUGCUCAGUGCAUGUGAAAAAUGAUUAUAUAUCUUUGAAACAGCAAUAACUAGUGUCUUAUACACAAAGUCAUAAGCAGGUAUCAUGCAGGCUCCAGUUUAUCAUAGCUAUAGCUCCAGCAAUACCUUCCAACGGUCUAACGUGAGUUUAAAAUUUCCUUAUAAAGUAAGUUCCACGUUAGACCACCUAUG